CUGCCUUACAGCGACCAUCUUAGACAACGUACAAAUACAUCGUCUCUGACUGUCGUCAAUCUUCUCGUUAUCACUCCCUUUCCGUGUGCUAAUACUCCGCAAUAAUUCGAAACUAUCAAAAAUAGAAACGCACUGUACCAUGCUGCAGCAAACAGGCAACCUGAGAGAAGAUGGCAUCCAUGUAGAUAUGGAUCAUCUAAAGAAGGGCGAAGUCAAUCUCGGGACAUCAAUUAUGGCGAUUAACUUCAAGGAUGGUGUUAUAUUGGGAGCAGACAGCCGGACGACCACAGGCGCUUACAUUGCAAAUCGAGUGACCGACAAGCUCACCCGCGUUUCGGACACUAUCUGGUGUUGUCGGUCAGGCUCCGCAGCAGACACACAGGCCGUGGCAGAUAUUGUGCAGUACCACCUUGGCAUCUACGAAGUGCUUAACAAUGAGCGACCAACCACGCAGACUGCAGCCGCCAUCUUUCAAGAGCUAUGCUACGAGAACAAAGAUCAAUUAAGCGCUGGCAUUAUUAUCGCAGGUUAUGAUGAAAAGCAUGGAGGCCAAGUCUACUCGCUACCACUCGGUGGCUCCCUGCAUAAGCAGCCUUAUGCAAUUGGUGGUUCGGGGUCAACAUAUAUCUACGGUUUUUGCGAUGCACACUGGAAAGAGAACAUGACCGAGGAGGAGGGCAUCGCUUUUGUCAAGGCAGCCUUGAGAGAAGCCAUUAAGUGGGACGGCAGCUCAGGAGGUGUUAUAAGAAUGGUCGUGCUCACGGAUAAGGGUGCCCAGAGACAUCUGUAUCUACCGGACACCGACUAUACAAAGCCCGGAAAGCAGUAAAUUAGACGGCAUAUACAAGGGCGUUUGGAGACACUGGCAUGUGCGUUGCGAUCACGGUGCAAAAUGUACCCAUAUGAAGACAAAGGCUGGACGACAGUCCUGACACGGGCAGAAUAUUACGGCGCAUUAGCAAACAGCUACAGGAUGACAGUUUUUCUCAUCAAACCUUGUCUGAGACGGAUUUUCCAUAGCUGCUGGGGUGAAGUCAUACUCGCUUUUCCGUUUUCUGUCGAAAACGAUCCAACUGUAUGCCUGUUGAUUGAAGGGUAGGCCUACAGACGUAGAGGAAAGGUUUCUAAAGCGAGUCUUGGACGAGCGUCACCUUUGAAGCCGAAGAACAUUUUUCUCGGGACAGCUUGAGAUCUUGCGUUACUACUGUUUUAAACCAUGGGCAGAACCUGUACGGUCGAGGUUUGUACCUUUGAAUAUUCGCUAGCUCCGCAACUACACCUCCAAAUUGUGUUGCUGACGAUUAACUUGGAAAAAUUCCCUUUGCUUGCUGCGUGCGUGAGCAACAAGCGAUCUGGUCAAUGAAAAAAGAACUUCUACUCUGUUACCGUCGUAUCUGUUGCGCACGAUUCAGACGAGCAGAGGAAUAGCUCGGGGGGCUGUUCGUUAGCC